AGAAAGAUAUCACGUCUCAAAAGCUUUAAAUCAAUUUGUCGAUUCAGAUCGCAGCUGACCUUAAAAAGUGGAUAUUGAGUGAAUAUGGAGCGAUAUUAUUUGUACCACAAAUGGCCUGUGUAUCAAUCUUGUGAUUCUGAGAAUGAAGUCCUACUCAGCAGUAAUUUCGGACCUGAUAAUCAAGUGUGGUAUCUGAUGAUAAUCAAACAAGGAGAAAAGGAUGGUGUAUAUUUAGUACUUUAUAGAGUACCCGAUAAAGGGAAGAUAAAGGUAAAGGGCACUAUUGAAAUUUGUUCAAACGACAGAAAAAUUCUGGAUGAGUGUUUAAAUUGGGGUCGUUCUUAUAUAAAAGUUCCUCUCCGUUAUAAUUACAUACACCAGAUUUUUAUCAAUGCUUCUGUUGAAUGCUAUGCUUCAAAGGAAAGUUCCGUGCAAACCGAUAUUGUAAUCCGUACUUCUCGAGACUCAGAUAAAUUAUAUGCAGUAUGCAACAUUGGUUCUGAUAUUAAUGCCUUUUGCAGCCUAUCACGCGAUAUACAAACUCUGUAUGAAAAACGCGAGCAAGCGGACUUCUUGCUCGAGUGCAAUUCUGUGCAAAUUCGUGCUCAUAAGUUUAUUCUCUCAGCUCGAUCUCCAGUGUUUUCUAGCAUUUUCCGGCAUGACACCAAGGAAAACAUAGAGAACAAAAUGGUUAUCACCGACGUGAAUGUUGGAGUCAUGGAGGAAUUGAUAUUCUUCCUGUAUACAAACCGCAUUCACGAAAUGACUUUAUCCAUGGCAAGAGACCUGUACUGUGCAGCGGAUAAGUACUCCGUGUUAGAUCUGAAAGCUCUGUGCCAAAGAUUUCUUCUUUUGUCUAUCUCCAGUUAUACAGUUUUUGAGAUGCUGCUGUUUGCCGAUUUGCAUCAGGACGAGGAGUUGAAAAAGGUCUCAAACAAUUACAUUUUUUUAAACUUUCGUGAUAUGAAAAACACGGAAGAGUGGAAGACAUUCACCAAAGAGCAUUCAUUUUUAGCUAUAGAAGUUCUGACGUCCAUCGCAGAAAACUUUAUAAACUAAAACAGAAUGCAUUUCAUUAAGAAUUCUGAUUGUUACAUUUAGCUGUGGUGUUACCUAAUUUAAGCAAAUUUCUGAGGGCAAUUCGUAACAUCUUGCGAGUAGUUUGUAUGGAAACUGUGAAAUUGUGAAACAAGAAUUAUAAAAGUGAAUCGAGAUUAAUAAAAUUUUCAUUUAAGAUUUGCUUUAUAUUACAGUCUGAAAUUUAAAAUGAAGAUGUCACUGAUUUUCUAAAAGUAAGUUUUUUACUUUCUUGUACCAAGUGUAAAGAAAGAAUACCAAUCGCGAUAAAUUUUGUUUGUCAGAAUUCAUUGGAAAUAUUCAUUUUGACUAUUCUCGAAUCAUUUCCACCGUUGUUUUGUGUGAUGUCGGUAUGUACGCACAUAAUAAAGGUCUUUUAAUUUCAAAA